AUGGACCCAGAAAUACGGAGAAUAAAAACUCCGCUCAGACACUGUGGGCUAAAGGUCCUUCAUCCCCUUAAAUUUGCAUUUAGAGGUUUCCAGCAUUGGGUUUUCCAUCAAGCAGACAACGAAGAGCAUUUUUAUCAUGGUGGAGGAACAGUAGUAAAAAUAUUUGCCAGUGAAAUUCUAUUUGCAGAUGCUGAGGCAUUAGUAGCCCCACAGGAUGGUGAAAUGAAAAGUGAUCGUUACAUUGCCAAAAGUCUUAAACUUUGCGAAUGUAAAGCAUAUCCUGAGGAAAUUGCAAAGUUUCAUGGAAGUACAUGGCGGGUUGGAGACAUCCGAACUACAUCUGCACCAAAAUCUUUGAAAUUUUACAAUAUUUUGCAUGUUUAUUCUCCGAGUUGGAGAUCCGACGUCUCAUUAGACAGAAAGAUCAAAGACUUGAGAACCUGCAUUCAAAACGUUUUCAAAGAGGCUUCAAAACUUAAGCUUUGUACAAUUGCAAUACCAACUUUUGGUGGAGGAAUAAAAGACAACAUCAACAAGCAAAGAGUAUUUAAAGAAACUGCUAGAGCAAUUGUUGAAUGUCUUGGAGGAACUCCAAACUGCACUGUUCGUGUCAUUUCCAUUAUCGACAGUGAUGCAUUGAACAUUGCUUUAAUGAUUUCAGAAUUUUACAAGAUACUGAGUCAAGAUGGAAGGUUGCAUAUACACGGACGUUAUUGACGUUCAAAGACCUGAUUUAGGCAAAGAAAUUGAAUUUAAUCUGAAGGGCGUCCUAGUUUAAUAAUUGAGGGGGUUUGAAAUGUAAUAUCUUUAUGUAUUAAUCAAACAGAAGUAAAGUUACUUCUUUUCUGUUUAUGCGUUUCUUUACAUGUUGCUUUAUAAUUUUCAUAUAUUGAAUCAAUAAUACAAUAUUCAGUACUUUAUUCUUAAAUUACAUGUACAAAUGCUGUAUUUUCUCUAUUGUAAAAUCAAAUCCUGUAGACUUACAUGUAUAUCAAGCAGGAUUGAUAAAUGGACAUUUUCAUUUUGUAGAAUGCAACCAUGUUGCAUUUUAUUUUGGUUUAUUGCAGGGCAAGAACAAGGUUUGGUCCAAUGCUUUGUGAAUGUAAUGUAGAUUAUGUAAUCACUGACACUAAAUCUAAUUAUACAGUUGAUGCAGCAUUAUUGAAUAAUAAAAAUUUCAAGAAUCAGAAAUCAAGCUGAUGAUAAUUCUUCUUCU